AUGAGCGCCGGCUUUGGAGAACUGUAUGGCAAUCCCGGCUCCGAUACCACUACUCGAACCGCUAAUUAUAACUACUUUUCCACUAAAUUCAGAAAGUUACUUCGGGUGACAAAUGACUCGUUUGACGCUAAGAAGAGACUGGCGUUUGAGAUGUUUAUCGAUUCUUCAACUCUUCCCAAAGGAUAUGACUUCGCACUCGACUCGGAAAGUGCUCUCUGGGUGUCGUCAUCUCAGUCCUCACACCUGCGGGACUAUCAUUUUCCGAUGUGUUUCCUCUACAAUAUGUCUAAAAGCGCUGUCGAUAUGUUCACCAGAUGUAUGGCACUUGAAUUGGGACCAAAAGGCAUUCGUGUCAAUUCAGUCAAUCCCGCGGCUGUCAAUACCAAUAUAGCGAUUGCGAUGGGAUUGAGUCGACCAUUGAUUGACCAGAUGUUUGCCGAUCAGGAAAAGUCAAUUCCUCUGCAAAGACAGGGCACGCCUACCGAUGUGGCCAAUGCUGUCCUAUUCUUGGCGUCAGACAAGUGCUCAUUUGUGAACGGAUCCAACUUUUUCGUCGAUGGCGGCGAUGCCGGAAAAGUUGUUGUGAUCACGGGUUCGAGUAGUGGUAUCGGAGCCGCCGCUGCCCUCCAAUUCUCCAAAUCGGGCGCUCAGGUUGUCGUCACCGGAAGAAACGCUCAAAAUGUUUCAGAAGUAGCGAAAGAAUGUCAAAAAAUAUCACCGAAAGGAUUGAAAGCAUUGGAAGUUGUAAUGGAUGUCAGCAAAGAUGAGGACUGCAAGCGUCUCAUAGACUCCACAAUCAAAUCCUUUGGAAAAUUGGAUAUUUUGGUCAACAAUGCGGCGAAAGGAGGCUUCAAAUCAAUAUCAGACCCAAAUAUUAUGGACGAAUUCCAGGCGGUUAUGGACACAAACUUGCGUUCAGUCGUCUAUUUAACUCAUCUAUCGGUUGAACACUUGGAAAAAACCAAAGGAAAUAUAAUCAACGUUUCAGCCGUCGCUGGAAUACGACCCAGUGCUCUCGAUAUGUUCAGUCGAUGUCUGGCACUUGAAUUGGGUCCCAAAGGCAUCCGAGUUAAUGUAGUCAAUCCGGGAGCCGUGCGAACCAACUUCGGAACGGCAGCGGGUCUCUCAAAACCACAGUUUGAGUUCAUAUUGAAUGCAUUGGGAAAGAGUUACCCAUUGGGAAGAGUGGGUGAAUCCAUUGACAUCGCGAAUGUCAUCCUCUUCUUGGCUUCAGACGAGUCCUCAUUUGUGACGGGAAUUAACUUCGUCUCCGAUGGCGGAAGUCUUUACGCGCCGACAGCUGUUGUUGUGAUUACGGGUUCGAGUAGUGGUAUCGGAGCCGUCACUGCAGUCGAGUUCUCUAAAUCGGGCGCUCAGGUCGUGAUCACCGGAAGAAACGCUCAAAAUUUUGGUAUCGGAGCCGUCACUGCAGUCGAGUUCUCUAAAUCGGGCGCUCAGGUCGUGAUCACCGGAAGAAACGCUCAAAAUUUGUCAGAAGUGGCCAAAGAUUGCCAGAAAGUAUCGCCGAAAGGAUUGAAACCACUGGAAGUGUUGGCAGAUAUUAGUAAAGACGAUGAUUGCAAGCGUCUCAUCGACUCUACAAUUAAAUCGUUUAGAAAACUGGAUAUUUUGGUUAAUAACGCCGGCUCUGGAAAUGUUACGACACUAACCGAUACAAAUGUUAUGGAAAAAUACGACAAUCUUAUGAAUACAAAUCUGCGUUCAGUCGUCUAUUUAACUCAUCUAUCGGUUGAACACUUGGAGAAAACUAAAGGAAAUAUAAUAAAUAUCUCGAGUACUGCCGCACAUAAACCCAACGGACCGAUGUUUGGAUACUGUAUGUCAAAGUGUGCUCUAAAUAUGUUCACUAAAUGUUUGGCACUGGAAUUGGGACCGAAAGGCAUUCGUGUUAAUGUAAUUAGUCCGGGUGCCGUUCGUACAAACUUUGGUCCAGCGAUGGGCACCUCUAAAGAGCACUACGAACUCCUAUUGGAAGACAGAGCGAAGACAUAUCCAUUGAGAAAAGUGGGCGAAUCUAUUGAUAUCGCAAAUAUGAUUGUGUUCUUGGCUUCAAACGAGUGUUCAUUCGUGACGGGAACCGAUGUGAUGGUCGACGGCGGCGGUCUUCACGCACCAAAGUCUGCAUUUUCUUAUCGUAACAAAUAA